AAUUCUAAGCGUUUGGAAAUGGAAGCAUGUUGGCAGUUGGAAAUAUAAAUGAAAAAUUUUUUUAUUGGGUUCAAUGAAAUUAUGCGGAUAUAGAAUGUAGAUAAAGAAGUGAUUUUGCUUAUUUAUUGCUUCUCCGGGUGCCCGCACAUCGCGGUAGGUUCGAAAUUUGAUAUCAUUUUGCAUCGCCAAUUUGUAUUAUUUAGAUAAAUUUUGGGUAAAUUUAUGCAGAUGGAGGCUGAAUUUACCGCCCGUUUUUGGAUUCGUCUGGAAUUUCAGGGCGCCAGGAGUGUGACGGAUUGGGUCAUGAGUGAUGGUCUCAUUGCAGACCGGUACGAAUGUCCUGUUUGUAAGAAAAGGGCAUGAAAUUGUGGGGGGCAUGAAAUUGUGCGCAAAAGCGGGUGUUUCAGAUGGGUUUGCAUGGAGAUGUCGCGACAAAAGCCAUGACAGUAUUAUUCGUAGUAUAAGGAAGGGAUCUUGGUUUAGUGACAGUAAAUUGACAUUUAGUGACAUUCUAUUAUUGACACACUUUUGGGUUAAAAAACUGCCUUUGGGAAAUAUUGCAACAGAAGUAGGUGUUAAUCGCAGUACAGUAACCGACUGGGUGAGCCUUUGUCGCGAGGUCUGUGUGGAAGCAUGUGUUUUGUCUAGUGAGAGCUUAGGCGGAGUGGGUAAAAUUGUGGAGAUUGACGAAUUCAAAUUCGGCAAGCGAAAGUAUCAUAGAGGCAAACGGGUAGAAGGAAAAUGGGUGUUUGGUGGGAUCGAAAGAGGAUCAAACAAAUCCUUUUUCAGGGUUGUUGAGAAAGGUGGUAAAGACGUCCUCCUGGCAAUAAUUAAGGAAUUUGUGCAGCCAGGGACCACGAUCAUUUCUGAUUGUUUGGGGUCUUACGACUGUUUAUGGGACAAAGGGUUUCACCACCUGACAGUGAACCAUUCAAUUGAGUUCAAACACUCUGAAAUGGGCGCGCACACCAACACCAUAGAGGGCACUUGGAGUGCAAUUAAAAGAUCUCUGUCCACGAGAACCUGUCCUGGGGAGGAGCAGUUCAACUCAUAUUUAUUUGAAUAUAUGUGGCGACGCUCGUAUGGGAGUAAAGAUCAGAUGCGAGAGUUUUUAAAUGUCAUAAAAAUUGUAUAUCCUCUCCAAUUACGAGAUUCAGAUUCAUGAGAGUCAUUGAGAGUGAGUAAACUUUUUUAUAAUUUGAAAAUUUCAUUUAUUUUUGUUGUUAAAAGUGUUUCUUGGCCAUACGUUUAGGGUUCAGGUUCUUUAACAAAGAAAUGACAGCAAACCACACUUUUUCCUAAAGCAUAUGCAAUGUUUACAAAUGUGGACAAAAAGUUGAACGAGGUGCACAUAACUCUGCAAGGAAAUGACACUAGCAAAAAACUGAUUUAUCCAAGUACCUAGGUUAGGUUUAGGGUUCUGUUUAGGGAUAGAUUUAGGGUUCAGAUUUAGUCGCCAUCUUGGUUGAGAAGACCAGUUAAUUCUGUCACUAAAUCUAAGUAAAUGUAUACCUAAACUCAACCCUAAAUGUAUCCCUAAACCUAACCUGAACCCUAAUUCAUGGCAACUUUAAUAAACAUUGAAAAGACGUUUUGGCAUCCACAACUAGCAUUAGCCUUUCUAAGUAUUAGGGAUACAUUUAAAAUAAAAGUGGUUGCGUGCACCGUGGAGAUGUACCUAGCAAAACCAUGGACCUAGGCCUGAGUAAACUGUGGCGGUGUACCUAGCAAAACCAUGGACUUUGGCCUGCGUACACCGUGGAAAAAAUGUACCAUUGGAUUGGCUGGUUUUAAGAUAUGCCUGUUAGAUAAGAUCUUGUGGUAGAGUAGACCCUUGGCGAUGUUAUAUUUUGUGAUCAAUUCCCAGUAGGGGAUCGAGCUUUUAUAUAUUUUUUCCAUUUUAAUUAAAAAUAUUUUAUAUUUAAAUUAUUAUGUUCCUUCGCAACAGUAGUUUCAUGAGAGGUUUUUAAAUAUUUUGUAGCAAUUUAAACAUUUUAAAUAUAUGUAACAUUCAGAUUGUUAGUGUUUUAACAAGUUGUACCGGCCUUAGACUCAACUUUGACUUUGAAAUACCGGUAAUAAGACAUUAUAAAACAAACUGAAAGCGCAUGUAUAGUGUAUGUAACAUAAAUAUGAGAACCAUUUAGGGUUCAGGUUAGGUUUAGGGAUGGGGGCCUUGAAACAAAAAAAAUUUGCAUCAAAAGUUGCAUGUCUUGUUAAUUUUAAAAAAUUAUUUGUUAUUUGAAUUUUUCGCUUCUUCCAAAAAAAUUUUUCUUUGAUUUUACAUUUUUAUGUUUUUUUUGUGGUGUUUUUUUUUCUUUUCCAUAUUCAUGUAGAAUCGUUUAUUUGAAAUAACACAUUCUCCUAUAACAUCUCCCCUUUUUUAUAAAAUGUUUUUUGCACUCCUUUUUUUUAGUUGGCCACCAUCUUGUUUGACAUUACCCCAUGACCCUUCAUGGGUCGUGUCAACCAAGGUGGCGGACAUGUGAAAAAAUACGGUGCCAUCUCAAUGCAUUUACCAGAAUAAAGUUACUUAUAAAGGUAUUAGUAUUUAUUAAUUAUUAAAUUAAGCCUUCGAUCUGAACCGUCUUACUUUGACACUAAACCACGCUUCAGAAGCCGCUGUAGGACCUGUCCCUUUACACUCCAAACUGAAAGCAUUAGCCCCCCUAAAGGUACCUUUACCAUUAAAGAGGGUUUCACAUGCAUCAGCUGUAAUGUGAUAUAAGCAAAUGUGUCCCGUAGAUGCCAAUCUAGUUAGUUUGGUGAAACUGGGAGAAGAUUGGCUGAUAGGUUGACUAAUUUAAAUAAAGUUUAUUUAGGCCUAUGUAACUAUGAUAUGCCUAUGUUUAGACUUAGAGGACUUAGGCCCUAAAAAUACAAAAUGUAAUUUAUAAAUAAUUUAGAGGCCCUAAAAUAUUACUAUAUUAGGCUACACUAUAUAUAACUUUUUUUUUGUAUAUUUUAUUACACCACCUUAGUUUAGUCCCAAUAAUAAUUUAUAAUUUUGUUUUUUUUCAGCCAAAGCCCUUAAUGUUUAAGUAGUUGAAGAAUUAUGUCAAACUCAGUUAAAAAAUUUUGCUCCUGGCCAAAAGUAUUCCUUUUUGGAGACUCCAUUACCCAGGUAGCGUGUUCUGAAAUUCAAAAUAAGUUAAAUAAGAAAGAGUCUUUUUAUUACCAUGCAGUAAAAUUAAAACAUAGAGUUAAUUUUAAUAUUUUAAUUACAAUUUGUUAAUUUCUGCCUCAAAUAUAUCUAAGGAGUCCACUGCAUAUAAAUUUUUAUUAUCUGUUGUGAUUAUACAAUAUACAGAUUAAACUAUACAAGCCUGUAAAAAUUACUAUAGCUCGUAACUUCUAAUUAAAAUAGUACAUCAACACUCAAGUUAUUCAUACAAUUAUUUUUCUACCACCUUUACGCAGUGGGGGUGUUCCUGUUAUAAAUGCUAAUUAUCUACCUUUACAGUUCCUUUUUCAAUGUUUCAGUUCAGCUUCAGCAAAGCAGGAUGUUGGGGUUCAUUGAUUAGUGAUUACUUACAGAGGUGAGCUAAUGAACAAACCUUUCGUUUUCCUCUUUUAUUUUUUACCCAGUGGUGGUUGCAUAAAUCAGAGUGGUGGUUGCAUAAAUCAUCGAAAAAAUGAUGUAAGUUCUAUUUAUAUACACUGAUAAAUUUUAUAGUUAUGAAUUAUCCAUGUUUGUCAUUUUAGAAAAUGUGAUGUGAUUUCAAGAGGAUUUUCUGGCUAUAACACUCGUUGGUGCAAUAUCAUCCUGCCAUCAGUUUUGGAUGCUGCCAUUGCCAAGGAAACAGUUGCCAUGACAGUAUUUCUAGGGGCCAAUGAUUCCACAGAACCUGAUCUAAAUCCAAGACAACAUGUUCCACUUGAAGAAUACAAGCAAAACUUGAAGGACAUCAUUAACUUUGCUAUGGUACAGACAGAUGAGAUAAUAUAGUGUAUAUAAGAUAACUUUGUUUAAUAUAAAUUACCAGUUUUGCAAUUCUUUUUUUUUUUUUUGGUGAAUGUGCAGAAGUUGGAAAUGAGACAUACACAUAAUGUCUUUUGUUUAUUUCAAAUUUAUUUGUACCGGUACUUUUUUCUUUCAUCACAGUCCCAAGGAAUCAGUAGAGAGAAAAUUAUCCUGAUUUCACCACCUGCAUUUCACGCAGAUUCCUGGGCUGUUAUAUGUAAACAGAGAGGUGAGCUUAUGGCUGGGCAGAUACUUUUCUCGUGGCCACCUCAAAGGUCAUAUUGGUAAUCAUGAGUGAAAAACAUACAUUUUUUAUAAAUGUUUUCUGUACCUACGGUAUUUCAAAGUAUUAGUUGCCUCACCAGCAAUAAGUGGUUAUUUAAGAUGUAAUAAAUGUUUGAUUUAUAAAGGUAAAGUCUUGAGUAAGAACAAUGAAAACACAGAGAUCUAUGCACAAGCUUGCUGCCAAGUUGCCGAUGAAAUGGGGACUAAGAAAGUUGAUCUUUACUCUGAGAUGAUGAAGACUGAGGUAUGCUGUCCCAGUUGAAUCAUAAUUUCUACGUUGCUAAUUUUGGAUGAUGCUAUUUUGAAGCAUGUUGAUCAGACCAACCGCUAUUGUAUGUGACAAUAUCUACAUGUUGCAUAUUAACAACAGUAUUAAUUCUGGCGCUUAUCUGGUCUGAAUAUUGAAAAUUAAAAAUGUUAUUUUAAAGCUGCAUUCACUACUUUUUAAUAAUCUAAAUACAUGUUUUAUUAACUAUGAAAAUAUUUGUACUAUUUUUGUAAGGUAUCAAAAUACUUUUGUUGUGUAAUUCCUGUUAGUGUGAAAAAUGUGUUUUGCAGGAUUUCACUGUGCUUCUUGAUGAUGGUCUUCACCUGUCUGAGAAAGGCAGCCAGCUGUUGUUUGAUAAACUACAGCCUAUCAUUGAAAAGCUUACUGCUCAUCUACCUGCAGCUUGGUUCCCAUUCCAUGAUCAAGUGGACUUGGAGCAUUUAGAAAAGUCUUUGUUGAGCUUCUAAAUCAUAGGUUUAUCGCAUUGAACUUGAAAAAUAGUUCUUGAAAAGAUUUUUUUGACACUCGGCUAAUUAAUUAAAUAUUAAACAAAUUAAAGAAUUAGAAGAAAAGACUGUUUAACUGUUAUUUUCCUUUUGGCAAGUGUUGAAGUUGAUCAUAAAGUGAGCACAAUAAAGAAAUGAGGUUAUAAUAUGUACAAUUGAUUAUUUUUACGUUCACUGUGUGGUGAUAAUUCUGUGUAUAUUUAAAAAUGACAAGAAGACUGACUUUGUAUCUUGUUCCUGAAAAGACCUGAUACUAUUGUAUUUGCAUGCUCUUUUUGUUAUAACUGAAUGAGGCAGUGAUUUUGUGUUAUGCCAAUUCCACAUAUAGCAGCCAACGCUAAUUACUACGGUAUUUUUACAUAAAUCAUCAGUCUGGUGAGUUAAUUAUAUUUAAAAAUUAGAAAACUAAUUACUUUUGAAGGAAAUAAAAUAUUUUCUAUCCACAUGAUUUGAGUUAAUACUGUUAUUCUUUUUAAUUUUGUAACAUCCUUAGUGGGGU